AAAGAUCAUAUCCUAAGACCAAAAUAUGAAGAAAAUCCUUUGUAGCAAAUGGUUUAAUAAUUGUAGCCUCUUGUUUGCUAUCUCUGAGAUAACUAGAUAAGCCGUAACACCUACAACCGGCGGUUAUCGUUGGAAUUCUCCCACUAGUUCCGCUACGUCACUGCAGCCUCAGCGGCACGGCCCACAAAGGCACCGCCUGUCCGAGCCGCCGUGCAGCUCAUCCGCCGUGUCCAAUUACCUUCCCUCCAUUUCAAUUCAAGCAGUUUCGCUAGACUGCAGAAAAUGAUCUCUUUGCAAAAGUUUCAAACAAUCCAUCAUUCAUGUUUUCCAUGUGCAGCACCUCAGCUAGGAAUAUCAACAAGUGUCCAUAAUCCUACGCGUGCUUCAUUCCUUGUCAAAUCAGAGCAAGUACCGACAACUUUAGCUUCUUCCUCGCCAGAUCAACCUCAAAGGCGUAAACUACUUGCCCUGGGAGCAUUGGUUUGCCCCUUGUUGAUUUCUAUGCAAAAUAAAACAUCAUUUGCUGCAGAAACUAAGAAGGGGUUUCUGGCUGUAACUGACAAGAACGAUGGCUACUCUUUCCUCUAUCCUUUUGGUUGGCAGGAGGUGGUUGUUGAAGGACAGGACAAAGUUUUCAAAGAUGUCAUUGAACCACUAGAAAAUGUGAGUGUGAAUGUGAUCCCCACUACUAAACAAGAUAUUCGAGACUUUGGUUCCGCGCAAGAGGUAGCUGAAAAUUUAUUGAAGAAGGCUCUGGUUUCAUCUUCUCAGAAGUCAAAACUCAUCGAGGCCACAGAGCAUGAUGCAGAGGGGAAAACCUACUACACCUUUGAGUUUAUUACGCAAGCACCAAACUUCACACGUCAUGCGCUCGCUUCAGUUUGCAUUGGCAAUGGAAAGUUUUACACCAUGACCACUGGGGCUAAUGAAAGGAGAUGGCAGAAGAUGAAAGAUAGACUGCAUACUGUGGUCGACUCCUUUCGAGUUUUCAAAGUUUGAUGUCCACCUCUCCCCACUUCUUCUUGCUUCUUCAUUGUUGUGCUCCAAUUUCAUAAGAAAAAUACUCGACAUUAGGGAGGCAUUGUAAAUUUGUAAUCUUCAAUCCGAUAUGAGCUUACACUAAGGGAGGAUAUCCGUACACGGAAUUAGAUCCAAAUAUUCUUUUGAUUUUAGAAAAAAUUCACAUGAAUAAUCCCAUCUUUUUCGGUUCUUCCAACAUUAAUC